AUGUGGAUUCGUGUUCAGAGAAAAAUUUCUGUAUUGCUUUAUCUCCUGCUCCUGUUACUACUGCUGAAGCUUCCAGCCUCUGAGAAAAGGACAGAGAAGCCACCCUGCUUCCCCCAGAUCAACCCCAGCCUUGUCAGAAAUGGAGAUCUUGUGAUUGGGACUUUUCUCCCCAUGUAUUCAGUUGAAGUGAGCAGUGUCACAGGAGCAGAACUCUUUGGAAGUAAACCUGACAAGGACUGUCAGAAUUAUAAGUGGUUAUACAAAAAUUACCAACAAGCUCUAGCCCUAAGGUUUGCUGUAGAGGAGAUCAACAAGAACCCUAUCCUGUUGCCCAACCUUACCCUGGGAUUCCACCUCUACAACACCUACCACAGUGAUGAGAAGACCUUGGAGAGCUCCCUGCAUUGGCUGUCUGGACAGUGCCAGCUCAUCCCUAACUACAGCUGCUGGGAGCAGGACAAGGCUGUGGCUGUCAUUGGAGGAGCCACAUCAGCUCUCUCUGUCCAGAUGGGGACUCUGCUGGAGCUCUACAAGUAUCCACAGAUCACUUUUGGGCCAUUUGAUGCCAUCCUAAGUGACAAGGCUCAAUUUCCUUCCCUUUACCAGAUGGCCUCCAGGGACUCUUCCCUACAUAAAGGUCUGGUCAGACUGAUGACUCAUCUUGAGUGGACAUGGGUAGGUCUGGUGACAGUGGAUGAUCUAAGAGGUGAGGAAUUCCUUCGGGCAAUGACAUUGGAGAUGGCAAAUAAUGAUGUCUGUGUGGCCUUCACAGAGAAGAUCCCUGUCAGUGAAAGAAGACAUUCAGAAUCACAGGUGGCAUUCAUUCCCAGGAUCAUGGUGUCAUCAUCCAAAGUCAUUUUUGUUCAUGGUGACACAGAUUCAUUAAUGAUUUUGAGAUAUUCACAAAUGUCUCCUAUCCCAAAUUUCAAGGUUUGGGUCACUACCUCUCACUGGGACAUUACCAUGAGACCACAAUAUACUGAUGGUUAUAAUUUUCAUGGGGCUCUUACAUUUUCACACCUAACAAGUGACAUUCCAGGUUUUAAGGCAUUUCUCAGAUCUGUGAACCCUACUAAAUACUCAGAGGAUAUUGUACUGAAAGAAUUCUGGCAAGCAACAUUCACAUGUACAGAUACACUCGAAAAGCUCAAGCAAGAGACAUGUUCACCAAAUGCUUCCUUGGAGACCUUGCCUUUGCUUUACUUUGACAUGACAAUGUCUGACUUAAGUUACAGCAUCUACAAUGGUGUGCAUGCUGUGGCUUGGACUCUUCAUGAAAUGUUCUUGAUGAAAGCAAAAGAAAGAUCCAUGAUAGAGGGAGAAAGCUGGGUGCCUCAUCCUUGGCAGCUCCACUCAUUUCUAAAAAAUAUCCAGUUUAACAACGGUGCUGGUGACCAGAUUUUUAUGGAUGAGAAUAGAAACCCUGAGGCUCAAUAUAACAUCCUGAACUAUGUAAUCUUCAAUGUGGAAGAGGAAGCUCUAGUGAAAGUCGGACAGUUUAUUCUGAAAGCUGAGUUUGGCCAAGAUUUCAGUAUUAAUGAGGAGGCCAUAGUGUGGGGCUGGACCUUUUAUGAGAUUCCCUGUGCAACAUGCAGUGAAAGCUGCAGCCCUGGAUUCAGGCAAACCCUACUGGAAGAGCAACCCAUCUGCUGUUUCAACUGUUCUCUGUGCCCAGAGGGGGAGAUCUCCAAUCAGAUGAAUAUGAAGAAUUGUGUGAAAUGCCCAGAAGAUGAAUAUUCAAAUAAGGAAAGAAAUUGAUGCCUCCUGAAGGUUGUGACUUUCCUCGAUUUUUCAGAACCUUUAGGGAUGGUACUAAUCUGUGUGACUCUUUCUUUCUCUCUAAUGACAGCUCUGGUUCUCUGGAUAUUUGUGAAGUUUCAAGACACACCCAUAGUGAAAGCCAACAACCGAGCUCUCAGCUAUACUCUUCUUAUCUCCCUCAACUUCUGUUUCCUCUGCUCCUUGCUCUUCAUUGGCCAUCCUAAUUCAGCCACCUGCCUCUUUAGACAAAUGACCUUUGGUAUUGUGUUCACUGUAGCUGUGUCCUCCAUCUUGGCCAAAACCAUUAUGGUAGUCCUGGCUUUCAGGCUUACAAAACCAGGAAACAGAGGUAGAAUGUGGGUGCAAUCCAGGGUGUCCAACUCUGUUGUCAUUAUCUGUUCUGGUCUGGAUGUGAUUCUCUGUGGCAUCUGUUUGGGAAUCUCUCCCCCUUUCCCAGACAGAGAUACACACUCUGAACCAGGACAGAUCAUUAUUGGGUGCAAUGAAGGUUCUGUCAUUGCCUUCUACUCUGUCCUAGGAUACAUGGGAUUUCUAUCAUUGUGCAGCUUCACAGUGGCUUUCCUGGCCAGGAACCUCCCUGACACCUUCAAUGAAGCCAAGUUCAUCACAUUCAGCAUGUUGGUGUUCUGCAGUGUGUGGGUUUCCUUCCUCCCAACAUACCAGAGCUCCAAGGGGAAGGCCAUGGUUAUUGUGGAAAUCUUCUCUAUUUUGGCAUCCAGUGCUGGAUUACUGAGUUGCAUCUUUAUUCCCAAGUGUUAUAUCAUUCUGCUGAGGCCAGACAGAAACACUCAGGAAGAUAUCAAGAGUAAAGCACAUCACAGGGGCAGGAAUCAAUCUACAUCAUUGCCUGCUAUUUUAUACCAGUCAUAA